AUGGAGCGCCCGGCGCCCGGGGAGGUGCGCAUGAGCCAGACCAUCCAGCCCGCGCACGCCAACUCGCGCGGGGAGCUGAGCGCGGGGCAGCUGCUCAAGUGGAUCGACGCCACUGCCUGCUUGGCGGCGGAAAAACAUGCCGGGGUUUCCUGUGUUACGGCCUCAGUGGAUGACAUACAGUUUGAGGAGAGGGCGAGAGUUGGACAAGUUAUAACCAUCAAAGCAAAGGUUACCAGAGCAUUCAGCACAAGCAUGGAGAUCAGCAUCAAGGUCGUAGUCCAGGACAUGUUGACUGGUAUUGAGAAACUCGUCAGUGUGGCUUUCUCUACCUUUGUAGCCAAACCAGUUGGAGAAGAAAAGAUUUAUUUAAAACCAGUCACACUUCUAACUGAGCAAGAUCACAUGGAACAUAAUCUGGCUUCUGAGAGAAGGAAAGUUCGAUUACAUCAUGAAGAUACCUUUAAGAACUUGAUGAAGGAAAAUAGCAAGUUUGAAGACCCCAUCUGUGACGAAGAGGAAGGAGUGGUUCCCACGAGUGGCACAUCUGUUCAGAGCAUUGAACUUGUCCUCCCGUCCCACGCAAACCAUCAUGGAAAUACGUUUGGUGGCCAAAUUAUGGCGUGGAUGGAGACCGUGGCUACUAUUUCUGCAAGCCGCCUCUGUGGAGCACACCCCCUUCUGAAGUCCGUGGACAUGUUUAAGUUCCGGGGACCGUCUACUGUUGGAGAUCGGCUUGUUUUCAAUGCCAUUGUCAACAAUACAUUUCAGACCUGUGUGGAAGUGGGAGUGCGUGUGGAAGCCUUUGACUGUCAGGAGUGGUCUGAGGGCCAAGGCCGGCACAUCAACAGUGCUUUUCUCAUUUACAAUGCUGUCGAUGAUAAGGAAGAACUGGUCACAUUUCCCAGAAUCAAACCCAUGUCAGAGGAAGAUUUUAGACGGUAUCGUGGAGCUAUUGCACGCAAGAGAAUUCGCCUUGGCAGAAAAUAUGUUAUUUCCCACAAAGAAGUGGUGUCACUUUGUGUACACUGGGACAUAAACAACCAGGGAACCCUGAGUAAUGCCAAUGUGGAGGCUCUCAAGAGUCUGGCAGCCCGAAGUGGUUGGGAGGUUACCAGUGUGGUGGAAAAGAUAAAAAUAUAUACCCUGGAAGAGCAUGACAUUUUAUCUGUUUGGGUUGAAAAGCACGUGGAAAGACCAGCACAUGUGGCUUAUCAUCUCCUGUCUGACUUUACCAAGAGACCUAUGUGGGAUCCCCAUUAUGUGUCCUGUGAAGUCAUAGACUGGGUGAGCGAAGCUGAUCAGAUAUAUCAUAUCACUUGUCCUGUAGUGAAUGGUGACAAGCCCAAAGACUUGGUAGUGCUUGUAUCACGAAGAAAGCCUCUCGAAGAUGGUGACAGUUACAUGGUAGCAGUGAAAUCCGUUAUUCUACCAACGGUCCCACCUUCUCCACAGUACAUGAGAAGUGAAAUCAUCUGUGCGGGAUUUCUCAUCCAUGCGAUCGACAGCAGUUCCUGUACCGUGUCAUACUUCAACCAGAUUUCUGCUAGUAUCUCUCCUUACUUUGCUGGAAAUCUUGGUGGCUGGUCAAAAUCCAUCGAAGAAACAGCAGCCUCUUGUAUACAAUUCUUAGAGAAUGCUACUGAGGAUGGAUUGAUAAACAUAUUUUAAACGGUAAACUUUCAAUUACCUGUAGUUUUAUUUCCCACCUUUAAUUCCAAGUACACUUAGCCCUGACAACUGGCAAGAUUUGGGGCCACAAAAUUAUUUAAUUUUGGCUUAAGCAAAAGGCAGUAAGAGGUUAAAAAAUAAAAUUGUCUCAGGUCAAAUAUCAGUGAUUUGGAUUGUAU